AUGUCGGGCAUUGAGUCCAAGGAGGAGUGGAUUCGAAGGUUUGGCCUUCAACCACAUCAUGAACGUGCAGAUGGCUCACGGAUUUUUAUGGGGAAAGCCAUGGUUCCCAAUCUCCAAGAUCCGGGGUGCCCCAGGAAAAUCGAUGAUACAAGGUACUUCUACCGUGCGAUGUCCUUGGAAGAGGCAAGGGGUUGGCUGGGCUGCACAGCUGCUGCCAUUUCACGCACCUCUGGCCAGCCGUGGGGGAACAACAUGCAAUACUCCGAAAGCUACCUCACCGAGCCUCGUCACGGUUACGAGGUCCUUCUCGAGAUGGACAACAGCGAGUGGAUGAAGAAGAUGAAAGAGAUCGGCCUGGUGGCUGGAAAGGCGGAAUCGACCGCGACCAGCUAUUUCGUCGGGCUUCACCAGAACUCCAACAGCUUUCAGAUGAAUGAGGCUGCCUGGAAAGCUCUGGAGAGAGAGUGGAACGACAACCUUGAACUAUUGAAGGCAGCCUUUGGAGAAGCCGAAAUCAAUCAAUUCGGCUUGAAGGAGAAGACGCAGAAGAAGUGCCCCUACCUGGGCGCUUUGUGGUUUGGCCAACUUGCAAACGGCACGCCCAAGAUCGUUGCGCUGAAGGUCUAG